AUGGAGUCCACUGAGCGCGACUUCAACGACGAUGAUGAUCUAACUCCUCCAAGCGCGGCUCUCCGUGACUUCAUCAUUAUAGAUGAUGAAGACGAAGAUGCCAGCCUGUCACCUGAAGCCAGCAUUCCUCAGGAAGCUCGUGCAAGACCGGCGCCAACGCGAAACCAACCCCCUACGUGGCCAGAGGAAUACAUCACAAGUUGCACGUUAAUCGGUGAAGAGGCACGGGCACGAGGCCCAACCGCUUCCACGAUCAGAAUGGGAGACACCGUCGAAGUCAUGACAACGCAGCCAAACAGCCCUGUACGAGCCGGAGAUUUCAUCAGGGUGAUGAAGAUUGUCGAGAACACACAGUCCGGCAGAAUCAGCUUACGUGGCCUCCUCUUUAGGAGGAAUCGGUACCUUCAACCAAUGCUUCCGCGGAAACUGAACGAGGUGUACCUAUUCUACACCAUCGACGAGAAUGAUCCGCGCCCGUAUUUCGUUCAAGGAACGGAAGAAAUUCAACUAGAGGACGUCCUCCAAAAGCGCCGGCUGAUAGUGACUCAGCACGCGUACCCGGCGCUUUCAUUUCGCGACCAUACCCAUUUUCACUCCGACCACUCUAACGCUGAGGCGAUCAGGGACAGCAUUGAGGGGCAUGAUGUGCUAGUAUGCCGUCAUAUGUUUGCCUACAUUUACGGCGAAGGAGAAAGGCACCGGGCUCGCCGAAGACCCCAUCAAGGUCUUCUCCGGCACAUCUCAUCAGAAGAAGCUGACGCUGGUGAUGGGAUUCUGACUGGGAAGUCCGCCGUCCAUAUCAACCUCGAAGACUCUGACGAUGACGACGUCACUUUUGAGCACAACAUGCGGCAUGGCCCGAACCGCCUCGGUAAACUCACUUUUGGAGACGCCUUUCAGGGAGGCGGGGGUGCUAGCUGUGCCGCAAAACUGGCAGGUCUGAAGGUGGUCUGGGGAUUCGACCACGAUGCUCCUGCUGUGACGACGGCCUUACACAAUUUCCGUCGAGCCCGAAUUGUCCACUGCGAAGCAGCGGACUUCCCGCCCCGCGGAUUUGACCCCAAAUGCGAUAUCUUGCAUCUCUCUCCGCCAUGCCAAGCCUUCAGUCCGGCUAACACAAGCCCCAAUGCGCGGAGAGAUGAGGCCAACACGGACGCUUUAUUUACAGUUGGUCCCAUCAUUCGAGCUGCCAAGCCACGUAUUGCCACGCUGGAAGAGACCUUCGGCCUUCUAACACGAGAAAGGCAUACGCAGUGGUUCGGAAUUCUACUGAACAUGAUAUACGAUGCAGGAUAUAGCAUCAGGUGGUCUAUCAUGAACACGCUCGAGUAUGGCGUCCCUCAGCCACGGAAACGGCUGGCAUUGGUUGCGGCAGCACCGGGAAUCCCCCUACCAGAUUUCCCCAAACCGACUCACGGUGAACUCGGUUCUGGCCUGCCCGGUUUCGUGAGCGUCAGAGAAGCCAUCGGAAACAUACCAAGGACAACGGCCAAUCACGAUCCGAUGUCCGCAAGACAGAUCUUCCGAGAGCCAUGGGAUCCAAGUUUUCCUUUCAACCGUACCAUAAUGACCUCAAACUCGGAUGUCUACCACUGGAGCGGCCGGAGAAGGUUCACGAACAGAGAGCUCGCUGGAAUACAGGGCUUCCCGCAUUCGCACAACUUCUUUGGCUCACAUAGCCAGAUCGAGAAGCAAAUUGGUAAUGCUGUGCCUCCGUCAUGGUUCAAGCUUAUCUUGGAGGAAUGCGUGAAGGUCCUCCGGAAAGUGGACCGCAAGGAGGGUCGUGGAGCAAGAGAUGAUGAGAACGGGGGUGAAACUGACAUGUCCUCUUCAAGGACGCUUUUGCGCGCGCCGUCGGUGUCUUUUCUAGGACCAACGGGAGGCUCAGCUGAGAAUCCCAUUGUCAUCAUCGAUGACAAUAUUAUCGAUCUUGACUGA